AUGCCGGAGUACUUCCUCUUCGUGGGCAACCCUGGCGUAGGAAAGAGCACGAUCUUGAACGGCCUCAUCUCGGAACUGAGGUUCAAGUCCGGCUUCAGCCCUGGCCAGGGGAUGACUUCGGUACUUCAAUGCGAAGAAAAAGGCGGCAAGUUUUACAUGGACACUCCGGGCUUAGCCGACGUGGAGAAGCGAAGGAUUGCGGCGAAAGAGAUCGAGAAGGCGCUGAAACAGGACGGCGACUACCGGAUCUUCUUUGUGUUGACGCUGGAAUCAGGGCGAGUGCGCCCGCAGGACAAGGCCACCAUGGAACUGGUGCUGCAGGCCGCGCCCUGCAUAGGCCACAAGUACGGCAUCCUCUUCAACAAAGUCAGCAAGCGGGCAGUGGCCGAAUUUUUGGAGAACCCCUCUCGUGCUGACCCUAGUCCGAGAGACGUCCUGCUGACGCACCUGUUCAGCGGCAACCUGCCCGUCACGACAGCGAUUCACUACAACCUCAAGGACGAUGACCUGGAGGAUGCUAUGAAUGUGGUGAAGCCAUUGAAGCCAGAGCUGGUCCGGUUCAUCCAAGGCCUGCCUGCGAUCCACAUACAUUCUAGCCAAGUACGGGAGAUCAAAGCUGAUCAGUAUGAGCAGAUGAUGGAGGCCAUGGAGAAGAAAAUGGCCAAGAUGCAAGAGGACAACGCGGCCUUGUUAGCUGAGCUGGCACGUGUGCGAGAGCAGUUAGCCAAUGCAGGAGGCGGAGGCUGCUGCUUGCUAUGA